GGAAGCGCCCGCCGGGCCCGGUUACCGUGACAGCGGCGCGGGGUUUCGAGGCGGGGGAGGGGGAGGAAAGGUCGGAGGCGCCAUGGAGGCCGCGGCGGCGCUUACCGACAUGUACGACCAAGCGCUGCUCGGCAUCCUGCAGCACGUCGGCAACGUGGAGGAGUUCCUGCGCGUCCUCUUCGGCUUCCUCUACCGCAAGACCGAUUUCUACCGUCUCCUGCUGCGGCCCGGCGACCGCCUGGGCUUCCCGCCCGGUGCCGCCCAGGCCAUGGCCCUCCAGGCAUUCAAAGUCUUUGAGCGGAUGGCCCGGCAGGAUGACGAGAAGAGACGCCGGGAACUGGAGGCGAAGCUGAGGAAGAAGGAGGAGGAAGAGGAGGCCGCCGCAGCGGCGGAGAGGGUGAAAGCGUCCCCUGUGGCUCAGGAGAUCGAGAUGGAGUCGACGGCGGAGUGCGUGCCCGUGCCGGAUGCCGAGGGAGCUGCGAGGCCUCGGGAGGCGGUGACAGCCCAGGACGCAGCCCCGGCAGCACCCAGCUCUUCGCCGGCAGAGGCACCGCAGGCUGCCGCCCCAGCAGAGCCCCGGCCAGCAGAACUGCCCACGAGACAGGAGCAGUUCCAGACGAAUCCCGACAGCUACAACGGAGCCGUGCGAGAGAAUUACGCCUGGUCCCAAGACUACAGCGACCUGGAGAUUAAAGUGCCGGUGCCCAAGCACAUCGUAAAAGGCAAACAGGUGGCUGUGGAUAUCAGCAGCGGCACGAUUCGCGUGGCGGUGCUGGAGGGCGGCAGCCAGCGCGUCCUCAUGGAAGGCAAGCUCACGCACAAGAUCAACACGGAGAGUUCCCUCUGGAGCCUGGAGCCGGGCAAGUGCGUUUUGAUCAACCUGAGCAAGGGCGACGAGUACUGGUGGAACGCUGUCCUGGAGGGCGAGGAGCAGAUCGACAUCGACAAGAUCAACAAGGAGCGCUCCAUGGCCACGGUGGACGAGGAGGAGCACGCCGUGCUUGACCGCCUCACCUUCGACUACCACCAGAAGCUGCAGGGCAAGCCACAGAGCCACGAGCUGAAGGUCCACGAGAUGCUCAAGAAGGGCUGGGACACCGAGGGCUCCCCUUUCCGCGGCCAGAAGUUCGACCCCACCAUGUUCAACAUCUCCCCCGGCGCUGUGCAGUUUUGACACCGGCGCCAAAAAAAAAAAGAAAAAGAAAAAGAAAAAAAAGGAAAAAAAAAAAAAAAAAGAAGGAAAAAAAAGAAAAGGAAAGAAAAAAACGGGAGGGAUUAAAAAGAAAAGAAAAAACAACAAAAAAGAAGAACCUCCCCCCACCCCGGUGGCCUCCUUCGCCCCCGUCCCUGCGGGGUGACGGGGAAGGGGGGGGGAGGAGAAACGGGGCGAAGAUGUCGUUGGGGGGGCGGGAUGGGGGUUUUUUUGGUGGUUUUUUCCCCCCCCCUUAAACGUCCCGUCGCCAAGGCAACCGCGGGACCCUUCUCCUCGGUUUCAGCUCCGGCUUGUUUUGCGGGAAUAGACGGAGCGAGCCUGGGCGAGGA